CACGUAUGUGAGCAUCAAAUUUUUUUAUGGAGGGGUCGAAACAUAUAAAUUUGAACUUCACUUUAAAAACUGAUUAGUCAUUGCAAACUUCUGAAUUUAUUCUUUCGCAAAAUGGACCUCAAGAUUUUUAUUCUCGCUUCUCUGUCGAUGACAGCAAUCGAAGGAGCAAUACUAACAUCAGGCAUACCAGUGUUGGCAAAAAUUGAAAAUUUCGACCCUGCAUCACAAUACAUAAUUGCUUACGACACUCAAGAUGUUGUGACAGGAAAUAGAAAAUCAGAAUUCGAGAUUCGAAAUGCUAACAUCCAGAAUAGAUAUGUGGUGGAAAAUGUAAAUAACAUCAAUGGAUUUACAAUUCUGAACCAAGAGGCUGUUCCAGUUAUUGAAAAAACAGUUCCGAUUGCUACUGUUAUCACUAAAACGUUACCAGUUGCAAGAUUAGUCUCAGUUGCUCCAGUUGGUCGACAAACAGUUCCAGUGUUUACAAAAACAAUUGCAUCAUCCCCUGUAAUUUUAGAAACACUCCCUUCUGGUUUAUUUUUGGAGAAAAAAUCUGAUAUUUCAACUAAUAAUCAAGAUGACAAAAUUGCAAGUUUAGUUGCACCAUUAAGUUUAGCUGCUGCUGGAUACAAAUAUUAAUUAAAAUACUGAACAAAUAACGAAAAAUAACAACAAAAAAAUAGUAAAGAAAAAAUAAGAAACAUUUUUUAUCUGGAGGGUGAUUUUUAGGGCCGUUCAAAAAAUACCUUACAUUUCAAGGGGGGAGGGGGAUCAAUCUAUUUUCUACCAUCAGCAAAAAAAAAAAAAUUACGUUAAUUUAUACAAUUUAUAUUAUCAAAAAAAUGUCAAUGUAAAAAAUGCAAAAAAAACUAUUUUUAAUAAAAAUAAAGUUUGGUUGA